AUGGCUCAUCUUCCUUCUUUGGUCAAACCGAGUGAUAGACAACAUCGGCAGAAACACGACCCCUCUCAAUUACAAAGCCAAACGCAGUUUCGCCCAGACAGCUUGAUUAAGCCCCGAGCACUUGACUUAAAUGCGUCUCUUCAAACAAAAGUAUAUCGGCAUGACACUGCUCAAACAGGCCAUGUUCCAAAUACUCAGCCAACUCUAAUACAGGCAAACGUGCCAUCUGCCACGACACAUUCCAGCACAUCACCCACCUCAAAAACGCGUAGCACUACUGCCAAUCAUAUUUCACCAAAACUCCUGCCAUCCUCAGAUCUCCUUCCUCCACCGCCGCCUUCCAAUGGGACAAACCAUGCUGAGCAAUUUGUUGCGCUCCGUGAUAAUAAUCGGAUCAUUAAUCAUGGGACAGAAUCAGCAAAACCACUAGUAGAUCGAUUGUCCGAAAACAUCAAUAGUACUCUAUAUGCUCAGACUCGUCGUGGCUCUGCAAUAAACGGUCGUUUGAUUCCUAUUGAUUUGAAUGCCUCCAUCUACAGUCAGCCUUCAAAGCUACGUAUCAAGUCUACACCCCCCUCUUCGAGUAUAAAUCCAACAAAAGAAAAGGUGCAGGACUUUUUAGGAAAUAGCAUCGACUCGACCGAUUUACUUGGAAAAAGUGAUGCAUUCCAGGUGAUGAAAGCUAAUUUACGUUUCAGUGCCCAAUCCUCAAUACCUCAAGAACAGCCAAAGUUAAGAUCUGAGAGUCACUCCCCAACGUCUCAAAACAGCCCACCUGAUGCCUUUUCUUUCAAAAAACCUGUACGUGCUCGACUAUCGUUUUCGACUCAUGGAAGUGAUAUUCACCACUUUCUUAAUCUAUCCCACACUUCUUUGACAGAUCAUGAUACAAAACCAGAAAACGUGUCGCAUAUACUAGAACCAAUUGAUUUUAAAGAGAACUCAAGCCAAAGUUCAGAUAUUGCGAUGCAGAGCAUUAUUGAUCCUGAGCAAUCGUUUCUUGAAGGCAGUAUCAUAGUUGAUAGUCAGCAUACCAAAUCUAAAAGGCAAAAUUUUCACCCGAUGCCACAUCUUUAUCAAGAGCCAGCUACCUACACUCCAGAUAAUAGUAACACGAUUGCUAUGUAUGGUCUGGAUACAAGUCAGCCUUUAGAAAAAUCUUAUACACCUGCAAAAUCAUUCGCCAAUUCUCGUAGAUGUUCUAUUGAUAUAAAGAUGGCCAAGCUCCCAAUCAAUCCCCAGUCGUGUUCAAAUCCAACCCAUUGCACAUUACGUGCAUUGGACAAUGAGUCUGACAAAUUCAGCAACAAUCAAAUUAAUGCAUCAGAUUUACUAAAGGACCUUUCUCACACGACUUUGAAAAAAAGGGAAGUGAAGGAAACAGCAUCAACCAUUAAGCAGAUCAUGGUAAGAUCAUCCCGUGGAUCUGUCCAGUUUCACAAAGGGUUUUAUGAAAAAUUUGGGUCUCAGUCUAAACUGCAGCAAAGUAUAGUGCAAUCAAAUACUCAACAAACCAUGCCCAGCUCUACAAUAGAUUUGUAUGAAUUUAAGCAAUUACAGCCAUCUAAAUCGAAAUCCAGGCGAAAAAGUGUGUUAUACCGGCAUCUUUGGCGUAUAGUUGCAGCUUGCAUGAAACUGGGCUGGCGACUUGCUUGUAUAUAUAGUGGGAUUUCACAGCGGAUUCAAAGUACUCAGGAGGCACCUCUAAUUGAGGCAUCUAGUUUAUCUUAUAUGCUGCGUGACAUGAAGAGUGAAAUUGAUCCAACACUUUCAGAUAAAGCAAGUCUUGGUGAUAAUAUAACUAAUGUUAAAGAACUAAUUGAAGUUUAUCAACGGACACGUAGUCAGAUAUCCUUGGUUAAUUUAGAGCGGCUAUUGUCUAUUCGAUUGCGUAGCUUUGCUAGAUUUAGUCUCAAUCAGAGAUAUCAAUUUAUAGAGAUUAUGUACUUGGAAAAAUUUCCAAUGGAUAAACUGUUGGUAAAAGAAGGUCAUAUCUCAAUGGCAUUUUAUUUUAUACUGCACGGACAGGUGGAGAUUUUCAAAAUCAAAGAUGGACUAAAAUAUAGGAUCAAUGUUCUCAAUACUGGAGAUAGUUUUGGUGAUCGCACCAUGAAUUUGCUCAAUGAUCGGCGAACCGCUUGCGUGGGUACAACAACUUACACUGAGCUAUUGCGUAUAAAUAAAUCCGAUUUCUUCAAAAUUGCACAAACUACAGACGAAAGGAGCAUCACUAACCGAAUUUCACAACUUUCGCUUAUUCCAUACAUGAAGUCAUCUGACGACGGCUUUCUGGAAAAAGCCGCUCACUUUUUCAAAUGCAUCACCUAUGCCGCCAACGAAAAGAUUCUUCUCGAGGGCACGGACAAUCUGGAUAUUUUUUGGAUCAUCAAAGGCACAUGCCGAUGUAUAAAAAUAGUUCCAUUUGUGCAAAAACGAGUCAAAUUGGGGCACACUACAACUCGCACACGACUUCGCCCAUACAACUCAGCUGUCAACCUUGCAGACGACGAAGAACGUCUUGAUCAGCCUCUUACUGUUCGGGAGCUUAAUGAAUAUGACUGUUUUCCUGACAUACCUUCCAAUGUUGACAAGCUGGAUCAAUGGAUGUCAGAUGCAACAUUUGACAAGGAUCAGUACCUCAAGUUUUUAUCCAGUCAAGAUCCUUCUAGCACUCAUACCAUGGCAUAUGUAUCUGUGAUUGCCAAAACUAAAGUUGAAGUCAUGACAAUACCCAGGAUUGAUUUCUGUCGGUUGGCGAGCGCUAGGAUGAUUAUUAAUUUUUUGUUAAACCAGAGUUUAGAUCGAACUCCAAUAGAGCAAUUACAGUCAGCAUAUAUGGAGAGACGGCAUUGGGAGUUUUUUAAAAAGAAGGUGAUUCACGAGGUACGAAAAAACCGACGCGCAAAUGAUUAA